AUGGAUGAAACUGCUGAUGUUGACGUCGAGAAGAGUUGCGGGCAAGUGAAAUCUCAUCGUUUUCGCUGUUCAAUGAAUCAAUCAACAUGUUUAAGUGUCAUGGCAUUAGGAAAUGGACAGAAUGAUUGUAAAAAUAAAUUUGAUGAAAUAUGGUUCGGCAUAGGGCGAAUGUUGUCCAGAAUGAAUUGUAAUGAACGACGAACAGAUGAAUGUUCUCUUCUUCGUCGAUACAUCGAACAAUCGUGGUCAUCAGUGAACAAGAAUGAGAUCCGUUCCCAACUGGGAACUCCUUUUCACUGGUAUUGUAAUUCAUUUUUGGAUUCAGAUUCAGGAGAAGAUGAAAAUAUCGAUCUAUGUCGACAAUGGUGGGUCUGUCUCGAUGAUCAAAAAAGAUGUCGAACAGGACAGUGCAUUGAUCCAUAUUGGUUGCUCGACUCUGAAUGGGAUUGUGCGGAUGGAUCUGACGUAGAAGAAUUAUUUUAUCAAAGAAUCGAAACCUUGGAACAACUAAAUCCAAGUUUUGCUUCUAUCAAUGAAUCUCAAUCUCGGUUUGGUAUUUGUAAUAGGACACAUCCAUUCGCUUGCCUUUCCCACGACACAUCAUUGAAUCAAUACAAAUGUCUCGAGUUUACUCCACUUGGUGAUAAGGAGAUUGAUUGUUUAGGAGCCAUUGAUGAACCUCACACGCUCCAACAUUGUGAUGGAACAUCAAUGCUCGGACUCAACUUCAAAUGUUCAUCGGAUAAUAUGUGUAUUCCAUACUCAAGUCAAUACUCAGGGCAUUGUGAGUUGGGUCAUCGAUGUCCAAACAAAGCAGAUGAUGAGCAAUGGUGUUUUGAUCGAAACAAUUCAACCAGUUGUGAUGGAUUCCAUAAUUUUGUUUGUUUUGAUGGAAGUUGCGUUUCGGUGUAUCGAUGUGAUGGAAAAUGGCAGUGUCCAUUUGGUGAAGAUGAAUAUAUGUGUGAUUAUAGAAAUACCGUUUCAUCGUUCUAUUCUUAUCGUCGACUAAAAGAAUUAGCUGUUAAAGACCAAAUUCAUUCACUUCAAUUGUUCCAUUUUCCAAGUGAUGCAAAUAUCACACAGACCAGUGAAAAUUCGGCCAUGACCACAGAACCUGUCGACAUGUCUCUCUACAACACAACAUCAUCAUUAUUAAUCUCAGCCUAUCGAUGUAAUCGUGGCCUUGGAAUUUUAUCAACAAAUCAUUCGAUCGUUUGUUUCUUCCCACCACAAUAUUAUGGAAAUUAUUGUCAAUAUCACAGUGAUCGAUUUUUACUUCUACUUCAUCUUAAUCUUUCUCAAUCAAUUUAUUCUGUUCAAAAUCAUACUGAGAUUCUUCUCAAAGUUCUUCUUUUGUUCUUCUUUGAAAAUCAAGUAUUGAUGACCAAUCAAUUUCAGGUUCAACCAGCAUUAGAAAUGAACAAGAUCUACAAAAAAACUUUUCAUUUUGUCUAUUCUCAUUCAUUAAGAUUUCGUCAAGAACGAAUGAAACGAUAUUUCAAUCGUUCAAAUAUUCUUCAUUCUCAUCCUUAUUCGAUUCGUAUUGAAAUGUAUGAAACACAACGAGACAAACAAGUGUCGUUGAUCGCAGGUUGGCAAUAUUCAAUUGACUUCGAUUAUUUACCUGUUUUUCUUUUAGCCAAAGUUCUUCGAUUAACCAAACCGAAUCCUUGUUUGACUAAUCCAUGUAAUAAAAAUCAACAAUGUCAACAAUUAAUCAAUGACCAAUCCAAAUAUCUUUGUCUUUGCAAAAGUAACUUUACUGGAGAAGGCUGUUCCAUUGAAGAUUCACGUUGUAAGAAUGGUUUUUGUGCAGCACAAGCCUUGUGUAAACCAGAUUAUCAAAGUUUACUUCGAGGCAAUCAGUCACCUUACUGUAUUUGCCCAUACAAUCGAUAUGGUCCUCAAUGUGACAUCAACAUUGAUGAUGUUUGCCAAUCGCAUUUAUAUCGAACAACAAAACGUGCAACACAACCAACAAUGGUUAUCAACUCAGUAACAGGUAAUUAA